AUGGCACAGGCCAUUGCUGAAUUCCCCAAGUACAAGCCCAGAGACAACAAAUUCAGCAUCUGGUCCGAGUCGUAUGGCGGGCACUAUGGCCAACCCUUCGCCGACUUCUUCACCAAGCAAAACCAGAAGAUCGCAGAUGGAACCCUCGGGGACGGCGCCGUUCCCCUCCGGCUCGACACCGUGGGCAUCGUCAACGGCUGCCUCGACAUUCUCACGCAAAUGCCCUCGUAUCCGCGCAUGGCGCACAACAACACAUACGGAGUGCAGACGAUCAAUGAGACCGAGUAUAACGCGCGGGUGAACAGCUUCCCCGCGUGUCGCCAGCGCGUCGAGGCCUGCCGGGCCCUUGCGGCAGCACAGGAUCCAACGGGGUUGGGCAAUGUCGACGAGGUCAACAAGGCCUGCAGCGGUGCUUUUUAGUUCUGCUUCGGCACAAUGUGGACUGGCGUGCAGGAUAGAGGGGUGCGUUCUUGCGAUUGCUGCUUCCG